AUGGAUUUUCUUGAUCGAAAUAUCAACUUCAAAGCUCUUCUCAAGUUCUCAAAUAUCUCUCCCAGCACACGGCAGCACUUAAAACAUGUGUAUGCCAGCUUCGCUCUCUGUUUGCUGGUUGCAGCUGCUGGUGCUUAUGUCAAUGUGGUCUUCAGGUUCCUCCAGGGCAGCUUCCUGUCAUUUGCAGGCUCAUUGGGCAUGAUGUUAUGGCUGAUGUUCACCCCUCACAGUAGAGAGAAUGAGAAGAAACGUCUAGGAAUCUUAGCUGGAUUUGCAUUUUUCUCUGGCAUUGGUUUGGGUCCUGCUUUGAAUCUUUGCUUGGCUAUUGAUCCCAGCAUCAUUCCAACUGCUUUCCUGGCCACUGCAGUGAUCUUCACCUGCUUCUCACUUAGUGCUCUAUAUGCACAAAGGCGCACUUACCUGUACUUGGGAGGUGUGCUAAUGUCUGCUCUGAGCCUCCUUUGUCUGUCUGGAUUGAUCAAUAUCUUCAUUGGAUCCACCGUCCUUUUAAAAGUCCACAUAUACGUUGGUCUUCUGGUCAUGUGUGGUUUUGUCUUAUUUGACACUCAGCUUAUCAUUGAAAAAGUUGAGAAUGGAGACAAGGACUAUGUCUGGCACUGUGUAGAUCUGUUUCUGGAUUUCAUUGCCAUCUUCAGGAAAAUUAUGAUUAUCCUGGCAAUGAACGAAAAGGUAUGUAGUUCUGUAUGA